AGAAAACACAAAAUACUAAUGGAAAAAAACGAUGAGUAAAUAAAUUAGUAUACGUAGACACCUAGAUAAAAACAUCAGAAAUAUAAAAGGCGGUGCCAAAGGGAGCUGUCAAUCUAAAAUUUCUUUAGCGAAUAAGCGCCAUGCAAGCGAACGUUUCGUACGCAGCCGAAACUUUGCGGCGGUCAAAUAUGGCGCCGACGAGCGACGGUCCGGAUCUGAGCGGGACGUCAGCAAUGAAUUGUUCGAUUUGCACGGGAUGCGGAAACCGUAUCAAGGAGCAAUACUUACUAAGAGUCCACCCAAAUAUGGUAUGGCAUGUCACCUGUCUUAAGUGCCAAGAAUGUGGAGAAAGUUUGGACGAAGAUUGUACUUGUUUUGUAAGGGACGGUAAACCUUUCUGUAAGGAAGAUUAUGCCCGACUUUACGGAACCAAGUGCUCCAAGUGUGGAAUUUUGGCCCGAAGGACCGACUUGGUCAUGCGAAUCAAAUCUAACGUUUAUCAUACAGACUGCUUCCGUUGCGCAGUUUGUGACAGAACACUCGUCGCUGGCGACGAAUAUAUUAUCAAAAAUGUAGAAGAAGGUCCGUUGUGUAAGGCUCACUACCAAUCCAGUACGAAUAAUGUUGCAGGUGGCCAGAAUAAGGAGAAGAGGGAUCACAAGACCACUCGAAUUCGCACCGUACUUACAGAAAAACAACUUCAUACAUUACGCGCCUGCUAUGCGGCAAAUCCCCGUCCGGAUGCGCUAAUGAAAGAGCAGAUGGUCGAGAUGACUGGACUCGCUCCUAAGGUCAUACGCGUCUGGUUUCAAAAUAAACGCUGUAAAGACAAGAAGAGAAAUAUAUUGUUAAAGCAGAUGCACGAUAACGAAAUGGAUGGUGACGGCCGACACGGCAAAAUUGUAAGUUAAUUCAAUAAACUGAUAUACUUAGACAGAAAUCAAAAAUAAUUAAUAACAAGAGUUAAGAUAAGAAAAGAAACGUUUUACAGUAUACAUAUUGAAGUCGACAAAGUGUAAAAAAUGUCUAAAUGCUCUUAAGCAGCCCAUGGGAAUCCCAAUGACGGCGUCGAGUCCGGUGAUGCACGAGACAACAGCCAAUGCUCAAACAAUUCAAAGUCUCUCGCAAAUAUCCUCAUGGAGGGCCUUAAACGACUUUGCUGCCGAGGAAAAUAUAUUCCAUCAACUGACGAACACGUUCGAUUCGACGGACGACUUAUCACCGUCUUCCUCAGAACUUAUCGAUUCAGAAUCCGAUGCUUCAUCAGCCGUAGGCGUUCAUCUAUGAAAUCGCCCAAGAAGAAUGUGGGAAAGACGAGAGACGAAGAAUGAGUAGGAGGAGGAGAAGUGGGAGAAAGAUGACGAGGGAGCUCUUUCGUGCAAUAUGGCGUCACUUUUCGAUCGUUUUAUUUCACUGCUGGGCGACAACUUUCAUCAGACGUCAUCGGAAAAGACUACCAUUUCCUUUUCAAUGCCCAAGCGAUAAACGUUUUUGAACAAUAGCUGAACGAGUACAUUUAAUUAUCUUAAUGUUCGGUUGAUGUUGUUUAAUUAUUGGCUGUUACAUAAUAAUAUUUACAACGAGAAGAAGGAUGACAAUUGUAUGCUUGAUUUAUUUACUUAUUUAUCGCGACCGGAUCUCGCGUCAAGAACGCCAAAAGCCCUCCUACUCUUGCCCCCUCCUCUUUCUUAAUUAUAUGGUAGGAGGCUGAAGAUAAUAAUACACCACUGCCACGCGUCUACGCUAGAGAAUUCGACAAAAAGCGUUAAGCCCCUUUUAGUUCUAAUUUCAUCAGAGCAGCUACCAAAAUCCAAUAAUUUUCAACGAAAUACUUCCAGCUUAUUUUCUCUUUUUCUCACUUUCAUGUAU